GCUAAAAAGUUUUUCUCCGUAGAAAGUUCACCUGAUUUUGUAAUUCUCUGAAGUACCCAAUCAAGCGAUUUAACCCUCCCGGCUCGGCGGUGCUAAACCUGGGUGGAUGGGACCGAGUGCGUAGAUCAUAACUUCAUAAUUGAACGAGAGUGAUUUGUCGGACAUCUCUUUAGGGCGUAUGAUACACGGCUGCUAGAAAUUUUUUUUUCACAAAGUGGAUUUGAAUAACCUUGUCGAUUUGCUAUUAAUCUGUUCGAGCCGCAAUCAAGAGGAAUAUAAUUUGACAUUGACACCUGGCCUAUCGGGCGGGGCUGUCUCUUCCUGAGUCGGGAUGACAACCAAUCUGUCCCGUUUCAAAUUUACUUUUGCGUUACAGUUGCUUUUUCUAUUCGUGGUCGCGCCAGGACUUUACGCAUCAUCAAAUUGCAUCUCGCAGACGUUACAAGGAAUAGAACCAAAACAGCAAAGUGAAGCGUGGGGCACCGGCGGUUACCUCAACAUAUUCAUGGCGAAAUCGUACACGUUUCAGGAAGGAUACCUUAUCGGGUGGCAAAUGUACAACCGAAUUGACAGCGACAGUUAUUUUGUGGAUGUGUUCCGGCCCGUUGCUGGCGCUCAGGGGACAUUCGACUUGGUGCACUCGACGAAAGUCAACGGUACAACUGCUGGAAACAAGACCAUACUGGUCGCAACUGCCUUCAAGGUUCAAACUGGUGAUUAUAUUGGUGUUCACACUGACGGGAGUGGAACGUUCGGGUUGGCAAUGGAACUUAGCGGAAUAUCUUCGGCGGAUUGGCCAACUUUCAACAAGAGAACGUUCAGCGACUAUUUCGUCACGAGUAAGAGAGUCUCUUUUCCAAUCAACGCCAUAGGCAGAAAAGUGGCUUUGAGAGCUGUUGUUGUCAGUGAUCCAUUCAAAGGGACAGGUACCUGUGACCAAUACUUUGUCAAACUGUCUACCAUCCUGACAAAGUCAGUCCUUUCCCAGGUAUCUCACUCUGCAGCCGAAUGCUCCUUCCUGUGUGUGAGGACCGCAUCUUGCAAUAGCUUCAGCUUCGACUCAACUACCAACAUCUGUAAGCUGUACUUUGCUGUGAAGACACACUUGUCCUACAACCAACUCAAAGAGAACACAAGCUUGGUUGAUGAACAUUGGAUGAUUUGAGUAAAGACAAGAUUAUGACCUUGGUCUGUCCCAACGGCGACAGAGGACAAAUCGGCAACCAAGAGCCGUUGUUGAAUUUGACUUGUUGAUAUGGAAUGUCACCUUAAAAAGUGCAGUCAAUGUCACAUCCAUGAAGACACUCCAUCAACUUGGCCAAAUUGGAAUGUCGAAACUUGACCAACAUCCAUCAAAGGACUCGAGAUGUGAUUAUGUCAUGAUGAAGAUCUCAGGCGCUGUUAUUCCUAGGAGACUUUUUUGUCUAAGGAGGAAAGUGAAAGUAUAUAUGAACAAAAGUACUCCAAACUUCUCGACAUUUACCAAUGUUGUUUUAUUUGUUGAUUUUCUUGAUUGCACAUAUUUCACAUGAAAGGUCUGGCGACAAGUAAGAGUACAUCAUUAAGUUUACAAUCAUAUGAGGAGGAUCACAAUUAUCGGCCCAACCUGAAAAGAAUGAAUUAUCAUUCUGAAUGGUACAAGUACAUACUUGCAAUUCCAAAAAAUAUUUCCUCUGAGGCGUUGACUGUUACGAUCAAUUAACAAUGUUUAGCCACUGAGGCAUAGUUUUUUCACAUGAUUUGUUUCCAUUUAUUUUAAAGGGGAUAUAAUAGGCACGAUUGAUUUGGAAUUAUCUCGUCCGCAGUGCUUUUGUGCCCUGGUAAAGACUAAUGUAGCCGUCACUUUAGAUUGAAUGAAUGAAUGAAAUUAUCUUUUGUAUAGCGCCUUUCCCACUGAAUACAAUGUUCAAAAGCGCUCACACUCCAAAAUGCUCGCGGAAGAGGAAAGUUUUCAAGUUUUUUUGGAAGGUGAUGGAGUCAGUUUCUUUCCUCAGGUCAUGGCCUAGUGAGUUCCACAUUCGAGGGGCAUGCACUGAGAAUGCCCUUGCCCCGAAUGUUACCAGCCGGAAUGGACGCUCGAUAAGAAGAUGCUGUGCCUCAGAACGGAGUGAUCGGGCAGUAGUGUGCGGACAAAUAAGUUCGUUGAUUUGCAAAUGCCCCAUUCAGAUUAUAGUAUUGAUCGAUCCAAAUGUUUCCAGGUAGCACUCGGUCUGCUCGGACAAGUUCGGAAGGUACGAAUAUUUUAGAUUGGGAGUCA